AUGAGGGAAAUUGUGCAUAUUCAGGCUGGUCAGUGCGGGAAUCAGAUUGGCUCCAAGGUAGGGGUGUUGGUGGGGUGUGGUAAAGAGGUGUUGGAGAGGUUUUGGUGGACUGUGAGGGGUGUUAUUGAGGUGUUAGUGGACAAAACUUUGUGAAAUAGACCUAUUGUUAUAUUUGGUUGUUCAAAUAAUUCUGUACCCCCUAUCAAAGAAAGUUUUUAGAGUUAAUGGCCCAGAAUUAUUUGAACUACCUAAUACAAUAGAAACUUGAGGUUUUCAUAAAAAAUUAAAAAAUUACAAAAAUAGGUAACAACAUACCUUACAGUAUCAAAAAUGCCAUUUUAAAAUUGCUUUUUUAAAAAAAUUUAUAAUAAUUUAUGUUUUUUAGUUCUGGGAGGUGAUAUCCGACGAACACGGCAUCAACCCUCAAGGUGAAUAUGAAGGAGACUCUGAUCUUCAGUUAGAAAGAAUUGGAGUAUAUUAUAAUGAAGCUUCCGAAAAGAAAUAUGUACCAAGAGCUGUGUUGGUGGAUCUGGAGCCGGGUACUAUGGAUUCAGUACGAUCUGGACAGUAUGGAGCACUUUUUCGACCUGACAACUUUAUUUUUGGUAACUUUUUGAAUUUUUAAAUUUUAAAGCGUAAAAAAUUAUUUUUUUUAAUUUUAAAAUAAUUUUAGUUUUUUUGGAAAUUUAAAAUUUUUUUAAAAAUAAAUUUUAGGCCAAAGUGGAGCCGGGAACAACUGGGCCAAAGGGCAUUACACAGAAGGCGCCGAGUUAGUUGAUAGUGUAUUAGAUGUGAUUAGGAAAGAAGCCGAACAUUGUGAUUGCCUUCAGGUAAAAGAAUUAAAUUUUGUAAAAUAUUUUCAAUUCUUGAAAUAAGUAAAUUUGCUUAAAAUUAUAUUGUAUAUAUGACUAAUAGUGAUUAAAUAGAUCAUUUUUAAAUAAUAAAAUAUUUAGGGUUUCCAACUAACCCACUCUCUUGGCGGAGGCACAGGAUCAGGCAUGGGCACCCUCUUGAUCUCAAAGAUCCGAGAAGAGUUCCCCGACCGUAUCAUGAACACCUACUCCGUUGUACCAUCCCCAAAAGUGUCCGACACAGUUGUCGAACCAUACAACGCAACUUUAAGUGUACAUCAACUGGUUGAAAACACUGACGAAACUUUUUGCAUUGACAAUGAAGCGCUCUACGACAUCUGCUUCAGAACGCUGAAAUUGUCUACUCCAACAUACGGAGAUUUGAACCAUCUGGUUAGUGCUACGAUGAGUGGAGUCACUACAUGUCUGAGAUUCCCUGGACAACUUAAUGCUGAUUUGAGGAAGCUCGCGGUUAAUAUGGUACCCUUCCCUAGGCUACACUUUUUUAUGCCUGGCUUUGCUCCGUUGACUUCAAAGAGUAGGUAUAGCUAAAGGAAAAGGUUUUAAAAAAACAAUUUUAGGCAAUCAAGGCUACCGUGCUGUUAGUGUAGCUGAGCUAACACAACAAAUGUUUGAUGCCAAGAACAUGAUGGCCGCUUGCGACCCAAGACACGGUCGAUAUCUUACUGCAGCUGCUAUCUUCAGAGGAAGGAUGAGCAUGAAAGUAUGACUAUAUUUUACUUUGUUUCUAAGCUACGAUGAUACGAAUUAUUAUAUUAGGUUGUUCAGCUAAUUCUGCCCUUCUUAACUUCCCAAAUUUGUUUUGAAAAGAGGCACAGAAUAAUUUGAACAACCUGAUAUAUACCAAAGAUAUCAUAGCUUCAUAUCUUACAUUACUGAUUUAGGAGGUUGACGAACAGAUGUUGAAUGUGCAAAACAAGAACUCGGCCUACUUCGUGGACUGGAUUCCGAAUAAUGUGAAGACUGCCGUUUGCGACAUUCCGCCACGAGGCCUCAAAAUGAGUGCCACCUUCAUCGGAAAUUCCACAUGCAUUCAGGAGUUGUUCAAGAGAAUUUCUGAUCAGUUCACUGGUAAGGGAACACGCUUUUAUUGUUUUUUUUUGAGUAAACAACAUCAAUAUGGGGAUUAUGGAGGGGGAUUUGAAUUUUUUGGUAAAUUUUUUCAAGGUUUAUAGUAUCAACUAUAUUGUAGUAGUAUACGUUGACCAAAAAAAUUGUUUUUCUUAUCAUAAAAACUUCAAAACUUAAACAUUGCUUGCUAUUAAGUAGUUCAAUUAAUUCUGUGCUCAUUGACUCCGACAAUUUCACGUAAGAGGGAGCACAGAAUUAAUUAGACAACGCCAAAUUAUAUAAUUGAACAACCUAAUAAAACGCUGUUUGACAACCUAAUAUUACAGCCAUGUUCCGCCGCAAAGCCUUCCUCCACUGGUACACCGGCGAAGGAAUGGACGAGAUGGAGUUCACCGAAGCCGAGUCCAAUCUCAACGACUUGUGCAGCGAAUAUCAACAAUAUCAAGAAGCCACUGCCGAUGAGGAAGCGGUCGAAUACGAUGCCGAACCGACCGCUGAAUAA